AUGGAAAGAAGAAACGUUGCAAGAAGCACAGACAAGAACGUAGAGCAAAGAAAAAGGCUAAAGAAAGAGAAGCAAAAGAUGGUGAAGGACGAUGACAGCGAUAGAAAGAAGGUGGUGGAACUUCGCCACGCAGCUGAUUCUGAAACCGAUGAAGAUAAAGCUAUUGAUGGAGCUAUCACACCUGACAAAGUUGCGGUUGUGGGUCCCGCUGGUGUAGCUGUCUUGAUAGAAAUUGAAAAAGUGGAAGGUGCCGAGAUUGGUCCUAAGAAGAAAAUCGACAAACCAAUGAAAGGAAUACUCGUCAAAGGAGCUCACGGUGAACUGGCUAUCAAUCCACUUUAUUGUCUUUUUCAUGAAACUCAUAUUAACCCUUCAGAAACACCACAAUUCAUUCCGGAAGAGAAGAUAGAAAAAGGAGCGGAUGGCCAGCCAAAAUGGAGAAACUACACCAGGGGUACGCUCGUCAAAGGUGCUCAUGGAGAGUCAAUCUUCUACGCGGACAAGCAGUGUCAGCCAGAUACCAAGGGUAACCCACAGAAUGUAACCGUUACUGGAGUUGACAAGACGCUACAGUCAAAGAUUGGAGAUACAGUCUGCCCACCAUGCGAAGUGGAGGUGAACGAAAAAGGCAUGCCAGUGCUGAUACAAAUCACCAACGCUCAAACCGUUCCUAAGGCCCGCGACGAUGCUGUGGAUGUCAGGUGGAUAACUGUUGAUUCAAACGAGCCUCUCUACGCCUCGCACGAAGAAUUAAUUAAUCUUUUGAAACGUCAUCAUGGCCUUUAA